CACAUAUUUAACAGUUUUUAUUCAAGAAAAUUUAACACAAGCAUUACAAGAAAUAUCUGAAGCAGAGUGCAAAGGACCAGGAAACAAAAUAUCUAAAGCAGAGUACAAAGUACCAGGAGACAAAAUACCUGAAGCAGACUUUUUCUUGGAAUUUUCUCAAAUAAAAUUUUCAAGUCCUUAUCACUUUUGUGUUGCCUAA